AUGGCCUGGGGCCGUGACGGGAACAAUCGGUAUCUAUCUAUCUAUCUAUCUAUCUAUCUAUCUAUCUAUCUAUCUAUCACACCAUCCAUAUAUAUCAUUUACCACAGCCAAUCUGUCUAUACUAAUCUCUUCAUAUCGUUGUCCGUCAAUUUUUCAUUCUAUCUCAUCUAUUUUAUGCAUCAGUGUACCUCAGUAUUGUCACAUCAGCCUUUCCCGUCCCUCUCUCACAAUUAUCUUUCUUUCACACUCACUCUUUUUCGUCUCCUCCUCCUCCUCCUCCUCCUCUCCCUCUAUCUCUCUCUCUCUCUUUUUCUCUUCUCUGUACCUGUGUAUAUAUGUAUCAAGAAAAUUAACUCCUCUCCCUGUCACCCAAUAUGUAUAUUGAUCUUUUUUGCAUCCUAUUCUGGUGAGAAUGAACUCAAUCUCUGGCUUUUCUCAAUUACCCUCUUCCACUCUCCUUCCUCUCUAGUUUACUCUCUUUUUUCCUUUCUUUUCACCUCCAUCUCUCUCUCUAUCUCUAUCUCUCUCUCUCUCUCUCACACACACACACACACACCUAUUUAUCUCAAUGUAUCUAUCAAUCUUAGAAUAUUUUUAUCUACCAAUCAGUCUCUCUCACUCCCCCUCUCUUUCUUUCUCUCUCUCUAUAUAUAUGUGUGUGUCAACGUAUCAGUUUUUCACAUCUAUCUCAUUCAUAAUUAUCUCUAUCACUUUAUCUGUCUAUUAGUUUUCCGCAUCUAUCAUUCAUAUCUCUCUAUUUUUUAUCUACGUAUUGUUUUUGUUGACCUAUCUAUCUAUCUAUCUAUCUAUCUAUCUAUCUAUCUAUCUAUCUAUCUAUGUCAGUCUCUUCAUAUCUAUAUAUCUGUCUGUCUAUCUAUCUAUUAUCUUCCUCCUUUCAUCACUCCUGCACUUAACUUUAUCCAUAUAUCUGCAUAA